AUGACUCUGAGGGACACUGUCUCAAAGUGGCAUGCUGCCAUGUGCCUGCUGGAUGAGAACAGAUUUAAUGAAGCAGCACACAAGUUACUGGAGAUUCAGAACCCAUCUGCCAGAAUAUUCUACAAUCUUGGCCUAUUGUGCAUGUUACAGCAUAGAUAUAUAGAUGCCAUACAGUAUUUCAACAGAAGCAUAGAUCAGGAUAAGUAUCUGGCGCUUGCUUUCUACCAAAGAGGUAUAUGUUAUUAUGAAAUCCAAAGAUUUGAUGCCGCAGUUUCAGAUUUUCUCAGUGCUAGGUCCAUGAUUCUGAAUGAUUGCAUUGACUACAAGCAGCUCGGUGCAGAGAUCGUAUUGUCUUCACAGCUGCUGGACCACUGUGUUACUGUUACAGAGGAAUGUUUGGGCAAGAAGAAAUAUGGUAGACUCCUGGUCUUGCCUGUGAGGGACUGUGUGCUCAGACCGCAACAAGUUUUAGUUGAUAACCUGAAUAAACAGACUUUUCUAGGAAAUGCCAAGAUCCCUCUGACCUCAUAUCUACCAAUUAUUAGGCUAUUUAUAAAAGUAAUUUCAUCUGCAAAAGUGGAGGACAUUAUGCCAGCACUAGAAGCACGAAAAGCACAUGACCCUGGUGUAAUUUUUAUGUUAGUUACAAAAUGGACAUCUGCUUCUGUACCUUCAUCACCAGCUACAUCUCGUCAUGGAUUUAGCACAUCCAGUGCCAAUAGAAUUUGUAUACCUCCUCCUCCGAAACGACCACCACCUCGUCUGCCUAGUGGUGCAGUCAUUAGCCAGCAGCUGCGAUUAAAGUGCAAAAGUUUAGAAGAUAUGACUCUCAACUACGCUGUAAACCAGUCUGCAAUCGUUGAAAAGUCAAAAAUGGGUCAAAUAGUAUCACCAAAACCCAAACCAGAUGUAUUCAAAAUGACUUCAUCAGUUGCAGACGCAGUGACUCCGACUCAAGGUCCAGACGUCUCUGCUCACCUACACAGUGAUGACCCAGAUAGAGUCAUCAACAAACAUUUAUUGAACAGUUCUGCAGUGAGAGAUCACGUGACAGACAUUCUGUCUAGUCAAUUAAACGCGUCAGAUAUGCAAGCCCCACCAAGAUCAGUAUUAAAUCAUGCACAGAGGUCUGCUGUCUUGGGUCAAAACGAGGGGGAAAACAUGGGUUUUGUUUCAGAUGGUCAUGCUGCCAAAAUGAAAUUAUUAUUUGAAAGAAGAGAAAAGCAGGAAGUAAUGUUUUCUCAAAAAGGAGUUAGAUUAGAUAAUGAGAAAUGUAGAUUAGAUUCAGAGUCGCAGGAAACCAGCAUUAAUUCACAGAAGAAAAGAUUGGAUAUCAUGCAGCAGUCAAAGCCUGGUGAUCUCCAGCAGAAUAUAACAAAUGUACAUCAGUGUUUAUCAUCAUUAUCUUUAACAGCUUUUAACUCCAACAUUCAGAAAUCCCCAAGACCCGUAAGACCUCCUCCUCCAAAGUCUUCUAAGUAA